UCCUGUAAACCGCUAUCUGCAUGCGAAAGCUCAUGCCAGUGAGACCGACAGUGAACCACCACCAUGUGAUUUGCGUGGAUGUUUCGUACAUUGUUCAGAGGGAUGAGCUUUGAUGCCGUCAUCACAUCACUGCUUCUAUCCGUGUGUGUGCGCUGCGGACAGAUUUCUCGUUUUCCCACGCAGUGAAUGUCACCAACAGCAACGUAAACUUGAUUGCAACAUUACUUUACAGGACAACAAGGUCGCUCCACGGGAUAAAGCUCAUCUGUCCGGCAGGCUGCUGGGAGAAGUCUGCACCCAUUAUAUCUGAACCACUGACGAUACAAUCUUUUGAAAUGAAAGAAGGGAAAGGCUGACCUCAUGCACUGUGUGGACAUGAGAGGACCAAGGAGCAUGUGAAGAUGUCCCAGAAGGCAGCUAAAACAUGGUGCCUUAGGCUUCUCCCAGUUCUCCUCUUCUUCAUCUCCUUCGUCACAUACUACUGUUCCUAUGGCAUACUUCAGAGCUAUGGAGGCACCAGCAAGUCUCUGAACAGUAGCAAGUCGCUGUGUGGUGGCUGGCUAACCCAGAAGAAGUGGGAGAGCCUUAACUUUAACAUUAGCAGACAGAUGCAGCUCUUUCUGAAAUUGGAGGAUUUCUUUUGGCGGGAGCAUCUGUCCAAGCUGGCAUUACCUUAUGGCAUUAAGGGCAGUGAGCUGCUGCUACUGAAAGUUCUCGCUGUAACUGCAAAUUAUCAGGUGCCAGCCAACAUUGAAAACCUUGAAUGCAGAACCUGUGUAGUCAUUGGUAAUGGCUUUGCCAUCAAAAACAGCUCCCUGGGAAGCAUCAUCAACAAAUAUGACGUAGUCAUUCGGUUGAAUGAUGCCCCAGUGAGAGGCUAUGAGGAAGAUGUGGGGAACAAGACCACCAUGAGGUUCUUUUAUCCCGAAUCUGCCUCCUACAACCCUGGACUGCACAAUGAGCCCGGCACACUUAUGGUCCUGGUGCCUUUUAAACAGCAAGAUCUACGGUGGCUCAAAGAGAUCCUCUAUAAUGAAAAGAGGGUCAGGAAAGGCUUUUGGAAGCCCCCUCCUCAAAUCUGGUUGGGUGACGUCAGCAAGAUCAGAGUGCUGGACCCACAUUUUUUGCACCAGACUGCAGACAGACUGCUCCAGAUUCCUCUGCACCCCAAGAGCAAACAGUACAAACACAACUGGUUGGUGCAUGAGAAGAGUGAGCAGUGGGAAGGCCACGAUCCUACAGACGAUCAGCAUGCUCACCCAACAGGAGCUCUGCACCAUCUGCACAGGCUGUAUGGAAAGGGCCAGGGGGAGAGGACGGUGGGCAGGAGGAGGAGAGAGAUGGUGGGAUUAAGCACUGGGAGAACUGAGGCCUAUAGGCAGUUAAGUUUUUUUUUUUAAGUUUUGAUUAAAACAGAAACAGAAACUGAAUUUGAUCUAUUCAGAGCUGUUAACGUCAUUUUUCCAUAUAGUAAACAUAAAAGAAAACAGAUUUCUGUCAUGCUCUAUCUUGUCAUCAAUCUUGUAGUAUUUUUUCCCUGUUUUCUCCCAUUCAGUAUUCCUCCUAUACCAAAUCCCAGUAGCGGUACUGACCACAGCAGACCUGUUCUUUGCACACCAUUCCUCUGUUAAUGACUCUGCCGGAUAGACAAGGACCCCCUCAACACAUGCAGUCAUACCACACAAACUCUCACACAUGCAACCACUUCAUUCUUUUUCUUCCCUUUCCUUCCUCUAUUGCUCAUGUGUGUACAUCCAUACCACCAACAACUAUGCUCACACCAGUUCCCCAAAGCACACAUUUGUGUUGUGCAGUGGUAACAAUAUGCAGCCCCCCUCACCCGUCUCACCAAGGAUCCACAGGCCGAGGUCCAAACUAUGUGCUGGGCUGCUGCAGAGCUCUGGUGUUUGCCUGUGUGCUGGCGACCACAUGAGGCUAAUACACACAGAAUGUCAGCUGUGUCCCAUUGCGAGGUGCUCAUCUGAAUUAAAGGAAAAAUUAUAGUCACGCUCAGUGCAAUGGCAAAAAAGCUGUUAUCAAGGCUAUGCUGGUCGGAUCACCUUCUGUAUAACUGCGGUGGAGCUCCCAUUUGUUUACUGAGACCUCUAUUUUGCUAAAAUUUAACCUUCGCUGCAGGGAAACUGGACAACACGCAUACACAGAUAAACACACAACGCCAUGCACACAUGCGCUUACGCUUUCUUUCACACAUCUCUCAGGGAAGCCAGCAGUAGAAAGCUCUUUCAGUCUCUUCAGCAUCUGAGUGCUACUGCUGAAGUGCUUUCAGUCUCGAGAUUCCUUUGUUUUGCAUUUGACCUGAUACAUCCUUCCAUCCCUUUUGCCAAACUGUGCUUUAGUCAAGGUCUUGUAGGUUAAAUGCUUGGCCUAAUGUAAUUUGCAUAGCUCUAAAAGGGCAGAGAAUUGCUAUUCUAUAUUUUCACGUAGGUUGCUGCAAUUAUUUAAAUGCAGCUCUAAGUAGGAGAUGUAUAUUUAUGUGGAAAUGUCACCCUAAAUACCCCAAUGCAUGCACACUUUCUGUGCACAUUUAUACCUUUCAGUUGUUGGAGGCAUAAAGAUCUCAUCUUAAGGAGUGUAUAAAGCAAUAUGGCUGUUUACUGUCUUGUUAAGAUUUAGACAAAAAGAUUGAUACCUCUCUCAAAUUUGUCUGCUGAAUACAAAGCCAGAGCUUGCAGGUGGCUGUUUUAGCAUAGUGUAAAGAUUGGAAACGACUACCAAAAUCUGCCUGAUUCACCCUCUCUAGUCUUUAUGUUAAACUGAAGCUUAAAACUGAACAAAAAUUUGUGAGAACCCUAUCAGUCUUUUCAACAAACACUCUGCAAGAAAGCAAAUUUGUGUAUUUCCUAAAAUGUCAAACUAAGAAGAAAAGUGUAAAAUUCCUUUGGAGA